CCAGAGUAUCAUUCGAUAGGAAAGAUCUUAGCAACGUUGAAGUCUUGUCUGAGAAUGGCGACCUUAAUCAGGGCAGCCGUGAGGGCAAGGAAUUUACUUGCUGUUUCUCGACAAAGUAGACGACUUGUUCAGCCGUCGUGUUUGAUUUCAACAUCAAAGAAAAAUAAAGAUGGAAUAAGUGCAACAAUCGAAGAAGUCAGCAGCAGAGAGGAUGAACUAAAGCAGUUGGAAGAGCACUUUGCAAAUCGGGAUCCCGAUUCACCCAAGAACUAUGUUUCUUUCGGUUGGGAUGAGGUUGACCAUGAGUUUGAUAAAUUCACUCACAACAUGACGUUUUUCACCGGUAUUACUCUCAUGGUGAUUAUGAUGUUCUUCUUCAGCUAUUGUCCAGAUCACAGAUUAAAGAACUGGUCUAUGCGAGAAGCCCAUUUAGAGCUGCAAAGGAGAGAGAAGCUGGGUCUGCCAUUAAUAGACCGCAAUUUAGUUGAUUCAUCAAAGAUCAUGUUACCAUCAGAGGAAGACUUAGAAGGUGUGAAAGUCCUUCUGUAGAAGAAGUUAAACUGUACAUAGACUGUGUUUUGUAAUGUAUGAACGAUGAUGUUAUAAAGUGAUACAAA